AUGACCUCAGCAACGCAGGAGGCUCUCUUCCUCACUUCCAAGGGCGGCGAGUUCGCGGUGCGGAGCACAUCGGUUUAUUCUCCCGGAGUUGAUCAGGUCCUCGCCAGGGUGAAUGCGACGGGCCUGAACCCGGUCGAGUGGAAGAUCAAGGAUCACCUGCACGAUUGGCCCAGGGUCGUGUAUCCCGCGAUCUUGGGCACCGAUGGCGCUGGCGUGGUCGAUGAAGUAAGUAGGCGAAGGCGUCACCAGCCUCAAGAAGGGCGAUCGGAUGUGCGUGCGCUCUCUGCCCCACAGCCAUCCGUGUGGGAGGGAUUGUACACAAAUGAGCUAGCGACCUACCAGCAAUACGCGCUCGUCUUCGCCGACCUGGCGUCCAAGAUUCCCGAUAAUGUUACGGAAGAUGAAGCGGCGUCCUUGCCGAUGACCAUCGCCACCGCGUGCCUCGGAAUGUACAACAAGAACAAGGACGGCCAGCACGGCGGCGGAGCGGAGCGGACACCGUUCUGGAAGUCGUCCACCCGCUACGCCGGCCAGCCGUUCAUAGUCCUAGGAGGGGCCACCUCGAUCGGCCAGUUCGCCAUCCAGUUUGCCCGACUGUCUAGUUUCUCUCCAAUAAUCGUCACCGCUUCGGAGAAGUAUACCGACUGGCUGAAGUCUCUCGGCGCGACCCACAUCCUCCCACGCUCUCUUUCUGCCGCCGCCGUGCGCGCCGAGGUGGAGAGGCUCACCACCCAACCGAUCAGCAUCGUUUACGAUACCGUCGGUAGCACCGAUACGCAGAAAACCGGAUGGUCCCUCCUCGCUCCGGGCGGUCAGAUGAUACUGGUCGCAGCUGAGCCUGUCGAGGGCAUCGAGCACAAAAAGGAUGGUAAAGAAAUCGUGAGUGUGUUCGGAAACGUCCACGCGGGUCAGCAGGACGCGGGUCGCGAGCUGUUUGCGCGUCUCGGCCAAUUACUUGAGAACGGCUCCAUCAAGCCUAAUCGCGUCCAAGUGCUUCCCCAUGGUCUGGCGGGUAUCCCUGAUGGGCUGGAAUUGCUGGGACCUGAUAAAGUCAGCGGCGUCAAAUUGAUUGCGCAUCCUCACGAGUCUGCAUGA